AUGGCUGAGCCCAAAUCCAUCCCCAAUGAGCCCAUGCCUCUGGACAUGGACAACCGGGACCCUAAUAACUUGAAUGAUCAUGUCAGGGUGCUGUUUGAGGAUGCCUUUGGGGAGCCAGAAGGAUCUCACAGCAUUCCGGGAGUGUGGAGCAUGUCCUACAAAACCUUCAACGGGGUGAAGAACUGCUGCUACAUUGUGCUGUCGGUGCUGUGCGGGUGCCCCCUGGCCUUCUGCUGGGCGCUGGAGUUUGCCUGUGUACAGUGCUGCCAUAUCUGGAUGGUGGGCCCUUGUAUUCACAUCUGGAAGAUAAAUGUGUCCUGUAUGAAGAUGUUCUAUAGCUCCUGUGUGCACUGUCUGUGUGACCCAUGCUGGGAGGCGUGUGGCUUGUGCUUAAGUCUCAUUCGGGUGCAGAAUAAGAACGGAUAG